GCUAGGUUCAUCACAUAGUAGCUUAGCUUUGAAUCUCAAUAAACGAUGCUAUUGCCUGUAAAAUAGCUUUCAUUUUCCCAUGCACACCUCGCUAUCGUAGGGUUGUACAUGGUCCUUACGAGUCGGAUGUACUAUAAUAGUACUGUCUCCGGUUUCAGCGUUCCUGGUUGGAGCGCAUCACCGUAGUGGACAACGACGGCGGGUCGUCCGUCCAUCUGGUGUCUACGGCGACUGCACGUGGCGCAGUCGGUUCAUCGGGUCCAGCCCACAUCGGAGCGGCGUCUACGAGGAGACGCUGCAUCAUCAGCGGCAGCGGCGCAGUCGGAGCGGCGGCGCGCUGCAGCAGCAGCACGUAUUACGGCGUGCGGCUUCGGGAAGGUGUGGUGCCGGCGGGAGUCGGUAGUGAGGUGAAAAGUGCGGGAAAACUGUGAGUACGGUCAAAUAUCUAUGUAACGGGAAAUAGUGUUGUGUUUGAAGAUUUGGAAUCAAGUGUCACGGGACUUAGUAAAUUCAAUUAACUUUGGGGACUUAGAAUUUGAAGAAAAUUGGGACUUAGAAAAAUUUGUAGAAUUUAGUUUAGGACUUAGAAUAAUUUUAAGAAAAACGACGGGACGGGGAAUCCAUGCCGGAUUUCACUCAGGAUUGUAAUUAAGUUCAAACACUUAGAAUAAUUUUGGGAAAAAAUUUUAAGACUUAGGAAAAUUUUGUAAAUUCUAUUGGAACAUUUUGGACUUUAACUUUUUGCGCAAUAAUGGAGGAAUUAAUAAGAUUACAAUCAGAUGUCAGAAGUCAAAUUUCAAGGGGACUAGUUAAUUUCAAGAAAUCGCCAAAGGAGAGGUUAAGUGAAGCUUACUGUCAGACUCGGUUGGAAAAUCUCGAACAAAAAUGGGAAAGUUUCAUCAAUAAUCACGCGGCAAUAGUAAGGCAAGCCGACUCUGACAAUGAACUUUACAAACUCUAUGCUGAUGAGGAUAUCUAUGAAAACACGGAGGACACUUACAUAGAAUUUAAGAGUGUGUUGAGGUUUGCAUUGAGUAAGUUGUGUCCACCAGUGUCAUCAGAAUCGGGGAAAUCAGUAAAUGUAACGGCUAGUAAUGGUAACAGUAAUGCAGUGAAGCUGCCAAAAAUCUGUAUUCCUCAGUUCUCAGGUAAAUAUUCCGAAUGGCAAACUUUCAAAGAUAUGUUCACGUCUUUGAUUCAUGGUAAUGAUAGUUUGGGUAAUGUGGAAAAGCUUCAUUAUUUGAAAGGUUAUGUAACGGGGGAAGCUGAGCAACUCAUUCGACAGAUUCCAGUGUCGGCUGAUAAUUAUGUGCACGCCUGGACUCUGCUAAAUGAGCGGUUCAACAAUAAAAAGUACAUGUCAAAUUGUAUAAUCAAGCGGUUGCUGAGUCAAAGAAACCUCAGUAACGAAGUAUCUUCAGGUUUGAAGGAUUUGAUUGACACAACAACCGAUUGUCUGGAUGGGUUAAGGAAUUUAAAUAUUGAUGUCAGUAACUGGGAUAUAUUGGUAAUACACAUUUUGUCGUUGAAAUUAGAUCCGGAAACUAAAAAACAAUGGGAGUUACAUGUCAGUAGUAAUGUGAGUAGCGAUUGUUUGCCAACAUAUGAACAAUUUAAAUGUUUUAUUACGCAAAGAUACAGGGCUUUAGAAUUCAUAGAACCAAACAAAUAUCAUAAAAAUGUUAAUGUUGACAACAAUCAGGGGAAAUUAAAAACUUUUCAUGUUUUGAAACAAAAUUGUGUUUAUUGCGAUCAGGAACAUAAAAUAAAUUAUUGCUCACAAUUCAUGAAACAAAGUGUUGAUGAUCGUCGUGAUUUUGUGCGGCAAAAACGGUUAUGCUUCAAUUGUUUGAGGUUGGGUCACUUGGCUAGGGAUUGUAAAAACAACACACGGUGUAAAAUCUGUAGGAGACUCCAUAACACUUUGUUGCAUCUGGCGGGUUCUUCAUCUUCUUCAUCAGCUUCAUCUGAAACAAAAAACAAAAUUACGGAAAGGUCGGGAAGGUCAGGUGAGGAUAGGGAGCAAGGGUCAUCAGCAGCAGUGGUCGAUUGCACACUUACUGAACAGGCAGUAGGUGGGGAGGGAAACAUCACUUCUUGUUUUUUGGCGGAAACGGGUAAACAGGUAUUGUUAGCUACAGCUGUGGUGAAGGUUGAGGCUAACAACGGGAAAAGGCAAUCGGUACGCGCUUUGUUAGAUCAAGGAUCGCAGGCGUCAUUUGUAACCGAAUCAACGGUACAAUUAUUGGGAUUAAAAAAGUCAAGGGCAAAGAAUGUCAUAUCAGGUUUGGGUGGGAACAAAAAGGUUAUCACAAAUUCUACGGUUGUCAUUAAUUUGCAUUCACGGGUCGAUCCAAAAAUCAAACUCUCGGUUAAGGCUUACGUGUUGAGUAAAAUUACAUCUUUUCUUCCAAUUAAAAAAGUUGUCGAUUUGAAAGAAUUAGACUUAACAGGGAUUAUCUUGGCUGAUCCUGAAUACCAUACACCCAACAAAAUUGACAUGUUGUUAGGCGCGGAUGUGUACGGGCAGGUUCUACAAGACGGGUUUAGGAAGAGUAUACCGGGUGGAGUAAUUGCACAAGCUACCAGUUUAGGUUGGAUAAUUUCGGGUACGGUAACUGAUUUAAAGAAGCAGUCGAAUAGCAUGGUAGUGAUGCAUUCACUGGUUGAGGAUAAUGAGACUUUGAAGAAAAGAGUUUGGAAAUUGGAGAGCGAGCAAAAGAAAAGGAAUGAAAGGUGGAUGUAUCAGGAAGAAAUGAAAUGUGAAGAGUUGUAUAGGAACAAGGUAAAAAAAACAGGAAGAUAGGGACAGCACACGAGUACGGGUUGUGUGCGAUAGUUCAUGUAAAGGAAAGGAUGGGAUAACGAUAAAUGAUGUGAUGAUGAAAGAUUCAGUAUUUAAAGAUGAUCGUAUGACAGGUUGUGACAAAGUAGAAGAAGCGGUAGAAAUUUACAAGGGAAUUAAUGAAAUAUUAAUGAAAGGAGGAUUUGUAUCAAGAAAAUGUAGAAGUAGAACAAAGAUGAACUUUUAAAUGAAAUAGCGAAGGGUCAGGGACGGACUUACCUGGGAUCGGGAACAAGAUGAUUUUAGAUAAUCGGUGAAUCUCUCGGAGCUAAGGGAAUCUGUAAAAAAAAAAAGGGAAAAAAUAUUAUCAGAGGCAAGAAUGUUCGAUUAUUUAGGUUAACGGGUUUAGAUAGGUAUGAACAAGUUCUUGCUGACAUAAAUAAAGAAUGGGUUACUUACCAUAGUGGGCUGGGUACUCGUGCAGUUCUUUUGGAGACACUAAAAUUGAUCUCGCUGCACAGGUUUUUAUCGCGACUUUCCGUAGUUUAGUUUGACGGAACGGGCUUGGUACAACUUUGGUUUUUAUAUUUUGUAAGUACAUUUUCUUCAUUUAAGUUCUCGUAGGGUAGACACCCCAAAAGAUGUUGCAAAGGUUAUAGAGCAAUUUGUUUAGGGUGUUUGUUAAUAGGUAAAAUCACUGAAACAUCUAGGGUUGACGAAAUCACGAGGGUUGUCACUCUUAGAGCAAAAUUUAAUGUAAUUUUAUAAAGGAUCGGUUUCCAAGUUGUAAAUUCAACGGAAAAAAUAAUUGUAUUAUGUAGGUAAAUAUUUUAAGGUAAAGUCGGAUUGUAAUGGUUUAUUGUUAAUUUUAUGUUUGUCAACAAAUAUGGGAAUUAUUUUGGUUUUUAAGGAUUUUAAUUUGAUCUUUUGGUACGGGUAUGGUUGUAAUACUGGGUUAAAAUGUUCAUGGGUUGUAUAGUUAUUCUAGUCUGUGUUACAUCUAAGCAAAACAUUGUAUUGUAUUUCUUCACGGUGGGCGGCAUUAGUUAAGUUAGGGAAACAUUUAGGUAAAGUCAGGCGGGUAAUAUGUAAAUAAACUUUGAACAAAAUCUUAACAUAUAAGGAAAAACAAUGUUGUAAAUUGUUUUUGGUGGGCGGUAUGUAUAAGUUUGAGUGUCAAGUGAAAAGCAAGUCCACCAAGAACAAUGGGUAAGUAAAACAUAGUUUAUAUUUGGGAUAACAGAUGGCGCUGUGCUCCUUUAGCUCGCGCUAACAUUUGUUUUUUUCCUGGCUUUAUAUACCCCCUGGAAAUGUAUGCCCACCCAGGUUCAGAUAGGUUCAGCUAGGUUCAUCACAUAGCUUAGCUUUGAAUCUCAAUAAACGAUGCUAUUGCCUGUAAAAUAGCUUUCAUUUUCCCAUGCACACCUCGCUAUCGUAGGGUUGUA